CGCAGCGCAUAUUUUGCCCUGCGUGUUGUUAAUCAGCGUGACCCUAGGCGUUCAAUAGAGAUGAGAUCAAGUCACGUGUUCUGCGAAAAGGAUAGCGAUUGGGGUUUCACUCAUUUCGUGCCUCUUAAGGAUUUGGUUGCUCCAUUGAAAGGGUUCUUGGUUGACGGUAUCGUGGUGAUUGAAGCCGAGGUUUCAGCCUUCCGUGACGUACAUGAGUCUCGGGCUGAAAGCUCGACAAAGGCGACGGGGUUUGUCUGGUUGCGUAGCGAAUACAUCGCCACCAGUUCUUUCAUGAACGCCGUUCUCCAGACCCUUUUUCACCUACCCUAUUCUCGGCAGGCUGUGUAUCAGAUACCGCUGAGCGAGCGUGAGCAGGAAGUAGCUUCAACUAAUAGCAUCCCUUUCGCACUUCAGUGCCUGUUUCACAAGAUGCAGAGCAGUGACAUCGGCGUGGAGACUGACGAUUUCGCCACCUCUUCGGGCUGGGAUUCACGAGUAGCAGCCUCUCUCUGCCCACCGGACGCAAUCCGGGAAUUCCUCCUGGCCAUCUUCGAGCAGCUGGAGAAGGAAAUGAGGUUGACGCAGUGGGAGGAACCAUCCAGGACCUAUUCCAAGGCCAUUAUCUUCUGACGGCGGAUGCUGUUCUAUGACUUGGAGUUGGAUGUCAGGGGCUGCAAGGACGUCUACGAGUCGUUUGACAAGUACUGCAGCGCCGGGGAGAGAUUGGUGGAGGAUAAAGAUAAUGGACGUUCGCGGGGCGGAAAUGGCGCCUGUUGGCGGGAAGAAAGGACAGGGAAUCGGGUAUUGUUUCGGAGUUUCCCGCCUGUUUUGUUUCUGCACUUGAAACGGUUUGCAUACGAUGAAGUGGGCGACAAAGUGGUGAAGAUAAAUGACCGAUACGAAUUCCCGCUACUGCUGGACCUAGAUCGACACUGUCGAAAGUACCUGGCCGCUGACGCGGACAGGAGUGUGCGGAAUCUUUACAAACUGUACAGCGUCCUUGUUCACAGCGGUGGCGUCAGCAGCCACAGAUGCGAGGUGUUCGUUCAACCGAUGUUGUUGGAGCAAUGGCACAAGUUUGACGGCGAAGGUGUGACGAAGGAGGAUGCCAGGAGAGUCUUGGAAGAGCAGUACGGAGGGGAGGGGGAGACGCGAUUGAUGAUGCCCACCCCGAAAUUGCCAGAUUUCCCGGCCAUGAUUACAAGGAAUUCGAGCGCGUAUGCACUGGUCUACGUUCGCCAAGAAGAUAAGGACAAAAUUAUGUUUGAGGUUGAUGGCGGCCAGGUCGCGAAUCGUUUGCAGUGCGGAUCGGGAGAGGAUCAGGAGGCGGCUGACUCGUACGUUGAUGUGAAGGUGGCAAGGGAGGAGGAUUUGCGCGAUCAGAUUGGCGGGGACAUCAUCUUUGAUCUGGUAGAUUUUGAAAAGAUUAGGAAGAUGGCGGGUUUCGCACCCAGGGAUGAGGUGAUCCUGUUCGAGGAGAUCACGUUUCGUUCACCAGUAAUCUGUGUACCAGUUGACACGGCCACCACCUUCAUAGCCAGUCAGCUGGAAGACGGCGACAUCAUCUGUGUGCAGAAGGCUAUAUCUGAGACGGAUCGGAUCAAGUACCGGUAUCCGGACGUCCCUUCUUACCUUGACUAUGUUAGGAACCUGCAGGUGGUUCGCUUCCAUCGACUGUCAGAGCCCGAUACGCCAGAAUUCGCGCUGGGGAUACUGAGGCAGCGCAACUACGAUGACAUUGUUGAGCGGGUGGCAAGACGUAUUGGAGUUGAUGAUCCGAGGAAGAUCCGCCUCACUGCUCACAAUUGCUUUACCCAAGGGCCGAGGCGCCAACCCAUCAAUCCUGAAAGCGGGAAAAGUCUCAGCGACAUGCUGGCUCAUCACAGUCGAAUGUCGGACAUCCUGUACUACGAUGUUCUGUCCCCGUUUUCUGGGGCAUUGAAUACGCUGGAGAUCAGGUUUUACAACAGCCGGGUGGAGGUAUGUGUGCGUAGCAUCCAGCUCCCCAAGGAAAGCACCGUCCGCGAGCUAAUCAAGGAGACCAGUGAUUUGGUCGAUCUCUCCAACUCCAGGGCGCAACUUCGUAUCCUUGAAGUGUUUCAGAGUAAGAUUUGCAAGAUCUUCCUCCCGACGGAGAAGAUUGACAACAUCAGCAAUCACACAUCUCGAAUACUGAGAGCGGAGGAGAUUCCGGAGGAAGAAAAGGACCUCGGUAAUGCCGACGAAGGUAGACUUAUUCAUGUGUACCACUUCUGGCGGGAUUCUGCAACCGGCUCCGUGGCUCAGACCUUUGGCGAGCCUUUCUGCCUUGCAGUCAAGGAGAAGGAGAUGCUAGCUGCGGUGAAAACUCGGGUCAAGAAGAAGCUGGCGGUGCCGUAUGCUAACUUCUUGACGUGGAGGUUUGCUUACGUGCACCUAAGCGUCCCGGAUUACCUGCAAGAUGCAGAUAUUGUGCUUAACCGGUUUAGGAAACACACUUACGACGAUCGGGGUUUGGAACAUGCCGAACCCCUAACAACGCCGUCGCGUCGGUCUGCUGGGCGAAGCGAACAAGUACUGCUGUCCCAGCCUACGCUGGGCAGUAUAACGGCAGUGGAGGUUGGGGAUUUGGGUAAGAGAGUUAGUUCAUUGGAAGGAUUGGUAGCAGAAAUGAAGAUCAGGCAUGAUGCCGACAAGGAGAGAGAACGCCAGCAGAAAGAAGACGAAGACCGGAAAAAACAUGAACGUGAGGAAGAAGAGAAGCGACUACGUGAGAAGAAGGAACGUGAAGAACUGCAGGCGCAAAUGUCGCAGAAAAUUGACAAAGUUUAUGAGGCGAUCAACGGGAAGAAGGAUAGUGAUAAGGAGGAGUUAGAGAAGUUGAAGCUGCGAGUGGAUGAAAUUGGGAAAAAGAACCAUGGUGCGAGUACAUUGGCUACCGUUACCAAACCUGCGGCUGAAAAUGAUGGAGUUAUAAGACUUAGACGAGAACAAGCAGAGUUGAAGGCGGCUACUGAUAGACAAUUGAGUAGUCUGGAGGAGGUUGACUUACUAAAAGACAUGCGGCUGAAGGAGGUUAAUGCGAGGAAACUGUCAGAGGCUGAAGUUGAGCGCCUCAAGAUCGAGAUGGAGAAACUGAAGAUGACGAAGAAAGGAACUGCUACUAACUUGAAAGCUCGUUUGGAUGAGGUGGCUUGUCCAUCAACCAAACGGGACAAGGGCAAGGCCAAGGUCAACGCGGAUGCUGAGAUCGUUGACCGAGAGGCGUUUGUGCGAUCAGCACGCAAGGAUCUUCCGAAGAAAAACAAAGACGAGGUGAAAGAGAUUUGUGAGAAAGAUGGGGUUGCCUAUACCACACUUGAUCCGACGAAGGAAGCAAUCGUGCAGAAGUGGGCUGCGAGAGCGUUCGAUGGUGACAAUGGAGAGGAGGAUGUAGACAAAGGUACUUCGGCUGUUCAGGUAUCGGACGACAAGGACGACGAAUCUGAACCAAGCGACGGACUUGACUCCGCUACUUCUUAGGGUCACGCCCGAACGCGGCUUCCCUCUGGGAAAUUGUACGACUGUGUUGUAAGCUUCGAUCUCG